UCUUCUGAUCAAACAGCAUGGCAGCUUCCAAUUACAGUCCCUGUUACCUUAGCUGACUCACACAUUGCUACGAUUAUGCCCCUUCCCCUCCCAUUUAUCCUGCUUCGCACACCUCUGGCUCCUUCCCUUCUCUACAGGGAAACUGCUCUGGUAAAACCACUACUCCAGAACUGAGGACACGUUGCACAUUGCGUCUCCAUUAAAUCUGACUGACCCUCGUGCCAGGCCCUGCUUCUUGAAACUCUCCAUUCAUUUCCAUACAUUUGUCUUUCCUGACUUUUCUGCUGCCUCUGGGAUCUGGGCAUCCAGUCCUUUCUGUGAGUUUAUCUUCUUCUCUCCGGGCUUUGAAAUGUCAUGUUUUCCAGGUGCCUGGAAACAAAUAUCUAGGGCUUAGGCAAGCGUCCUCAUUGUGCCAGGUUUUCUUUUGCGCGGUUGUCUCCCAUCUGGCUGAGUCUCUGCCCUGGAUUCCAGCCAGGGGAACAACUCCUUUCCCCUCCCCUAGUAAAAGAUUGCUCCCUGCUUCCAAAAGGGUGAAAAGAUUCUCAAGCUUGCAGAGAUAUGUAGGAAAUACGAAACAGAAGAAGAAAAAGUGCUGCCUUUUUAUUCGUCAGCGUUGAGCCCCGAGGAGAAGGUGGAGAUGGUGGAACAGAAACCGGAAGAGCUGAGUGAGGAGUUUGCAAAGAUGGUGAUGGACUACACAGGGAUGGAGAACUUCUGGAAAAGGUACAACAAAGUGAAACUGGAGCAGCUGAGCCUGAAGCGCAGGCGGGUCCAGCUGCUAGACAUCAACGGGAAGCUGCGGGAGAUGCUCAAGCAGUACCUGGACGGCAUCUCAGUGAGUGACGAAGUGCUGAGCCAGCUCAACCCACUCUUCAUCGUCAACCACCGGAGCAACUUACCCUCCGCCUUGUCCCCGCCCGCAGCCCCGCCAGGGGCCAAGCCGCCUCGCCGUCACUUACAACAUCACUGAAGCAGCCCGCGUGAUCUCUCAUACCCUGUGACCCAAGGGGACACUGUCUUUCCCACUUGAGAUUUUUUUUUGAGGCCCCAAGAACUUUGUUCUAUUAAAAGUGUCUGAGCUCCUAA